UCUUGGGUCGACGUGGAGCCGCGGUCCCUCAGUUGUUCUGCCACGCUUCACUGAAUCACCGCGCGUGGUUGACGAACAGACAGUUCCGCUUCACACCAGUCCGCCCACCUCCACUCCCACGCAAUGACUCGACCUCAACCCCAACCCGGCGCGGACGAGGCGGAGCUCAGGCACUGGCUAGAAGAGGUCGAUAAGAGCAUGAGCUUCCGGCCCGCGAGCGCCCUGGGCAUGUCGUGCGGCACCGUGACGAUAGAUCCGAAGCGCGCCAUGGUUCUCGUGAUCUGGAAUAACCGCUUGAAACUCUACCAGCUUCCGAAGGGCAGAAGGAACCUCAACGAGAGCAUGCUUUCGGCGGCGCUGCGCGAGACGUACGAGGAGACCGGCCUCAAAGUUACGCCGCUCCAGCUCGACGUCGCAACUCGCGCGACUCCUCCCAAGAAGGCGAAUGCCGACACGUCCCAGAAGCCGCCCAACAUCACCGAAGGCCACCCGAGCAACGAGUCCAUCGGGGCAUGUUUAUACCCGGACCCGCAAUCGGAAACCGAAGCGCUGAAGAUCGUCUACUUCUUUGCUGCGACGGCCGAGUGCACCGCUGCGCGGGACUCUGGGACGCAGGAAGAGUGGGAGAAGUUGGACGCCAAAUGGAUCCCGCUCUCCGAAGUGCCGACCACGCUGCGCUUCGAGGCCGAGGUACGGGCGGUGACGAAGACGGUCGCGGAUAUGAAAAAGUCGGGUUACGCGAUCGGGGAGUAAUCUCGGAGGAGGGACAGGUUACUCGGUCCACUCGUCAAUAUUUUUGUUGAAAGUGUAACUCAUCGCUUGUUUUUCGCUGCGUUGUUCUCUUUUGGUCGGGGAAGGAGGAAAGUUACGGUGGUAAUGCUGUUAUUGGGUUCGGUCUCGGGGUUCGGAAAAGUAGCUCGCUCUUCUUCUUUUUUUGGUUUUUUUUGUCUUUUCUUUUCUCUCUCCCUUCCUUCCUGUUUUGUACUCCUGACGAUGAAUGAAUCCAAAUGUUUUCCGAAAGUGCACAACAGGCGAGCUGUGAAAUCACCCGCUGUGAAAC